AUAUUUUGCUUAAUUUUCAGUCAUCAUUUAUCUUCCCCACAAUUCUAGAUAGAACAAGAAAAGCCAUUUCACAAAUUUCCGCUGCAAAAUUUAGGAAUGUCGAGGUGUUUUAGCUUCACCGAAGCUAAAAACUGGUGCCACAGAUCAACAUUUAUUAAACUCGGACUCCAAUCCACAGCUACAGACCUCAAAGAUGGCACCAUAAUGCACUGUUGGGUACCCAAAUCUCCAAAAAUCUCAAAACCAAAUCUUCUGUUAAUCCAUGGUUUAGGAGCCAAUGCAAUGUGGCAAUGGAAUGAUGUAAUUCGUCACUUCACUCCUUACUAUAAUGUCUAUGUACCAGACUUGCUUUUCUUUGGUGAGUCGUACACGACUCGUCCGGAUCGGUCAGAGUCGUUUCAGGCUCAGUGUGUGAUGCGAGUAAUGGAGGUUAACUCGGUAAAGAAAAUGAGUCUGAUUGGGCUGAGUUAUGGUGGGUUUGUUGGCUAUAGUAUAGCUGCGGAGUAUAAGGAAUUUGUGGAAAGAGUGGUGAUUUGUAGUUCAGGAAUUUGCAUGGAAGAAAAAGAUUUAAGUGAAGGGGUUUUUAGCGUGUCGGAUUUGGAAGAAGCUGUUAAUAUUUUGGUGCCACUUAAACCAGAUCAGUUGAGACAAUUGGUUGGCUAUACUUUUUAUAAACCUCCUCCGGUUGGUUUCGUCCCUGAUUGCUUUCUCAUCGACUUCAUUGAUGUAAUGUGCAGAGAAUAUGUAGAGCAAAAGAAAGAAUUGAUCCGAGCCAUUCCUAGAGGCAGAAAGCUUUCACACAUUCCCAAGAUUACUCAGCCGACAAUGAUAAUCUGGGGAGAACAUGAUCAAAUUUUCCCAUUAGAACUCGGCUACAGAUUAAUGAGGCAUUUGGGAGGUAAUGCCCAUCUAGCAGUCAUAAGGAAUGUUGGGCAUGCUAUGAAUACGGAGAAUAAGAAAGAGUACGUCAAGCUUUUAAAGUCAUUUCUGAUCGAUUUGCGACUUCCUUCGGACACAGCCCAUCUUAAAAUUUACAAAACAACAGAUGAUUUAAUUGGAGAUGGCAAUGCUAAGGUGAUCAAUUCCUAGCAUGAUUUAACAGGCAGCAACGUAAGGUCAAGAGAUUUUUCACUUCCGCCAGAAUGAAAACAAGAACCAGACAUGGGUUUAUAGGGCAUUUAAUAGUAACUACAGUAUGCAUCGGUUGGGCAGCACCAUCUUCCUAUUGUAUUGAUAUGAUGUAUGCAUUCUAAUAACUCACAAGAACAUGAAUAUUCUGAAUACAGAAUUCAUGACCACAUCUAAGACUCGAAUUGUUCUACAUUUCAUGAUUAGAAAAUGGCCAUUUAGCUUAACUGCCUAA